UUGAAAUUAAAGAGUAAGUGUUAUUUAUUUUUAUUUGAUACUUUAUAUUUUAGACAGCAGUUUUCCGAAUGGUUCAAUGCAGAAGAAUUAGUUGAUAAUCUUAAGAAGUUUUACCCACAGCCACCAUCAGUCCCACUAAACACAAAAGAAAUAUUUGAUCAUUUAAAAAUUUUAUACGAUGAUGACAACUAUAUAGAGGUUAUAGACAUUAAAAACAUAAGAAGAAGAACUAGAAUCAAUUAUCGCGAUACUAUCAAAGGGAUAACUAAACCAUCGAUUAAAAGACUUGCUCGUAGGGGUGGGGUGAAACGCAUUUCUGGUCUGUUAUAUGAAGAUACUCGUGGGUUGUUAAAAAAAUUUCUUGAAUAUGUACCCAGAGAUACAAUCAUUUAUAUGGAGAAUGGUAAACGCAGAACAGUCACAUAUAUGGAUGUAGGUGAUCCUUCAACUGCUCAACCUGAUUCAAGUAACAUUGUUGGUUCAAAUGUUGUCAUUUCAACCUUGGAAGAGUCUAACAAUAUCAAUAAUGGUUAUACUAGUAGUUCUAGUAGUUCUACGACACUUCAACAAGGAAAACUCCAUCAUCUACACCUACACAGCCUACUUUUAAUGUAUGGCAAGUCUGAUAAACCAAACUACUUUUCACAAAAUAGUUCUCCUGAAGAUUCCAGAAGAUAUUAUAAAAAAGAUUCUAGGAGGAGUAAACCAUUAUCACAGCCUAUUCCUGCUCCCAUAAUACCUCCAUUAGAGGAUCAAAAUAGUUGGCCUGCUCCUGCCGAAGUCCUAAUUAAAGACAAGGAAAAAGAAGUCAAUAGUGAAUCUUCUGAGAAAAAACAAUCUUUACCAAAUGAAUUAGGAUUAAAGAAAGAAGAAAGUCCUAAAAAAGGUAAAGGCAAAUGGAUUCCUUACGAAGAACUAACUAUCACCCAUAAUCCGCCUUUACCUGGUCAUGAUAGACCAAAAACAAGACGCCGAAGUGAAGAUCAUGCUGGUUACAGGGAUCGUAGAUCAAGUGAAAAGACUCCAAGCCCUGAAGCAAGAUACCAAUCUUCAUCAUCUUCUAAACGUCGUGCCAGCGUGCCACCUCCAUUAAGAGACAAUGGCCGUCGUUAUUUUAAUUACAACGAAAACAAUCAAAAUGGUAAUCAUAUAUCUUAUAAUGGUAGUAGUUCCUAUCGCGGUUCUAGAAGGGGUGGAAGAGGUCGUUCAUAUAAUGGCCAACGGGGAAUUUCUCGAUCAGCAUCAUUUUCAUACACCACGCCAAUCUAUAAUCAUCAAAAUUACGGAAAUUUUUAUGGAACAAAGAUUGGCAUGGAUUCUGAAGGUUAUGUAGAUAUAUCAUUAUUAGCAGGUUUCAAUCGCGUGAAAGCUUUAACGUUGGAGGAAGAAAUCAUUCGUGAAGCACUUCUUAACAGUCAUAUAGUUGAAGUUAAAGGUGAUAAAGUUAGAAAACGUGACGAAUGGGGAUUCUGGUUAUUGCCUAAACAAGUUCUUAGCAACAACGAUCCCCAAAAUAAUAUCAACGUCAUUCCUUACGACAAUUACAGUGAUCUACGUGGUGAUAAUAUCGCAUUAAAAAAUAAUGUAAAUGGCGAACUAAUAAACAGCACUAAGAUCAAUAAUGAAAAUAUCGAAAUUACCACUUAA